GAGGGCACUCCAGGGAGGGUGCACAGCACAGGCAGAGGCCUAGGCCCCAGACCCAUGUCACUGCCACUCCCCACAGCAGUUGAAGGAGUACCAGAGCACACUUGGUUGAGGGCUUUGCCAGGCCUGGUGUGCUACAAAGGCCCCAGGAUUGGGGAAGCCCUAGCAUGGCUCUCUGUGAUUUCCUGAGGCUACUCACUACAGCCCCAGGCCCUCCACAGCCUUGCCUACCUGCUUCUUACCAGGUUCCCACCCUCCCUGCAGAUACUGACAACCUGUAGGAACUGGAGAGAACAGCAGUUGGGUCCCUGCAGCUUAUGACCUGGCCCCACUCCCCAGGAAUGGCACAGAAAGGCCUGCCUCCUUAGCACUCAUUGCUAUUCAAAGGCUAAUUGAAGGCUUCGAGCCCUGGGGUGCUGUGCUGAGCAUCAAGGCUCAGGGUUCAUGGGGAACGGGAGGACGGACAGGUUGGCUCUUGCCUUGGGAGGGGCCUGUGAUGGGGUGAAGAUGGGAUUUGCUUUCCCACCUGUAAAGUGGGGCAGUUAGAGUGCCCAGCAGGCUGCCUCGAAAGGUCGCACAGCCCCGAAGCCCCGUGUCCUCUCCACACAGCCUUGGUCGCUGUCCUACACUGUUCUUUUCCUCAAGCUGCCCCAGCCGAAACGUGAGUCCUUUGUCCUUGCCUGCGGGCUUUGUGCCUUCUGUGAACUACCUGUGCUGUUCUUUGACACGUGUAAAAAUAUUUAUUAAGCAUCUCCGUCUGUUCUGAGCAGCUCAUCUUGAGCAAAGCUGGCCACAAGGCCUGCCUCGUGGAGCUGACAGGAUCCUUGGAGGAAUAGCCAUGCACAGCAACUGUUAAGUAGCACCUGGCUCCUGCGGCUGCAGGUGUCUGUGUGGACAGGUCUGCUCGGUGGGCUGCAUACGCCACCCACUCAUCACCCUUCCUGCGCCCUCCUCCCCACAGAGAACUGCCCCUCUUGUAGUGUUUCCCAUCCUGGAGACCGACAUCCUUUCUCACUCCCAGUGGGCAGUCUGGGGCUGGCCAGAGAGAAGCCAGGUCCUGGUGUUCACAGGGCCCUCCCUAAGGAGCCCCUCAAGUGUGUACUCACCUGGCUGCCACCUCCCCAGGCCCUGCUGCCACCUCCCCAGGCCCAUCCUGACACCUUUCUCUGUGGUCCUUCCUCACCGCACUGCCUUCCAGGUAACGCUGGCUUCCUUUCGGACCCUGGACCAUGCCUGGCCCCUUCUUGUGCACGAGCAUUAUUCCCUCCAUCCCCCCUCAUUGCCUCACUGCCUUCUGCCUGUCCUUUGAGGUCACCAAGGUUGGCCCCAGUACACUCACCCCAACUGUAAUUAAAUACUCCUAGGUCUCCCCCUACUAGAUAGUAAGCCCUAGGUGGGUGCAGGCCAUCUUGUUCACAGCUGUCUUCAGCGCGUUGCACAGAAGAGGGGGCAGUCCAUCAGUGUGUGUUGGGUGAAUGAGUCCCUAUUUUACAGGUGAAUAAACUGAGAUACAGAGAGGUGAGGGGCUAUCAUGGAAACCCAAGUCUCAGGGAUUGUUCUGCCUCCACCAUGUGCCUGUUCUGCCUUUGUCUUCCUUCUUGGAGGGAGAGUCUGCUUAGCUGGUGCCUGAAGCACCCUCCCUUGGCUACCUUGGCUUGGGCCCUAGAAACUGGAGCAGUUCCAAUUUGCAGCCUGGGGAGGUGGGUUGGGACUCCUGGAGCGGGGCUCUGUGGGCUCUGUCCUUUGCCCUCACUUGGAGCCUCAGUUUCCCCUAUCUCCUCAUGCAGAAGGCCAAUUGGUGGCCUGUCCAGGACAGAGUUUGGGCCCCUCAGAGGAGGGCUGUGAUGCCUUCUAACUGGGGCCUCCUGGUCUCUGCCUACCCCCUCUGGUUGUCCUGAGUUGUUAUUGGUUGUGGUGACAGGGAUUAUGACGAUGAGGGAGACAACAGUGUGAGAAGUCCCAGUGGCCAGACAGGCCUUGAUUUGGAUCUUGUCCCUACCACUUACUCCCAUAUGACCUUGGGGCAGCCCUUAACUUCUACAUGCUUCAGUUGUCCCAGCUGAGAAUUGGAGUAAUGAAACCAUCCCCACAGGCUGUGAAGAGUGCUUGGUGAACUCAUACUGUGCAGUCUGGCUCUUGAAUUGGCCUGGGUGCUGGAGGGACAGUGCCUGUGGCUGCCACGGUGUCUUUUGGCUCCCUCAUUGUAAGUGCAGGUUGAGUUUGAAGAAUCAGGUUGGCCUUGUUAGACUAAACUUCCAAGUGGAGAAGCAGAGAAUUGGAGCUCCAGGCCCCACAAGUAGAUUUACACUGCUCCAAAGCACACCUCGGAAACCAUCUCAGGACCCGUGGCCGCAUCCCCAUGCCUGGCAGGGAGGCAACUCAGAAGGGACUUGUUAAUGAGUGAAAAAUGUGCGAAAUGCACACACACUAACCUAGGGAGUAAGGGAAGAACGAGCUGUUCCUGCCCCAGGACCUUUGCACCCACUCUAACUCCUUUCUCCUCUUCCUUCUUACCUGGCUCACUCUGAGCUGUCGCGACUUGGGCCUCUUACUCAGGAGGUGUUCUCAAGUCCACCCUGCCCAGUCCAGACCACUGCCCCCUGUGCACCCUGUAGAAUUGCAGAGGAUGGUCAUUUUGUGGAGGCCACUUUUAAAAGCACAGUUUUCCUUCAGAGUCCUUUAUGAUGGCCCCAGAGCGUGGGACCCAUUCUUCCUCCCGAGGCAUACAGUGGAGAAGUCCACAAUGCCAGAGGCACCCAGCCCCCUCCGCAGGAGGUCCCCCUCCCCACGUAUCAGGGUAAGGGGUGGCUCCUUGGGCAAGGUGACAGGCAGUUUUUAAAAUUCCUAUUCAUCCCACCCUCAGCACUUUUGGAUUAACUUGCAUAAAUUAAAUGUGUGAGAUGAUUCCACCCAUUUUAUUUAUUUUUAACUAUUAAGUGUUUUUAUAAACAGACAAUAUGUUCACCAGGUUCCAAAUUCAAAGCAUAUAUGUGACAAGUCUCCCCAGUCCUAUCCAGAGCCAGCUAGUUUAGCAGCUUUGUAUAUACCCAGUGCUCACUGCUGUUGAGUCAGUUUCAACUGAUAGCGACUCUAUAGGACAGAGUAGAACUGGCCCGUGGGGUUUCCAAGGCUGUAAUCUCUACGGAAGUAGACUGCCACAUCUUUCUCCUGUAGAGCAGCUGUUGGGUUCAAAUGGCUGACCUUUUGGUUAUCAGCUGAGUGCUUAACCACUGCACCACCAGUGUUGGUGGCAAUGUGUUUUCAGUCAUUUAGCAAACAGUGAUUGAGGUUGUUAGGUGCCGCUGAGUUGGUUCCGACUCAUAGCAACCCCAUGCACAACAGAACAAAACACUGCCCAGUCCUGCACCAUAAUCAUUGGUUGUGCUUGAGUCCAUUGCUGACUGUGCCCCUGUGUCAAUUCAUCUCAUCGAGGGUCUCCCUCUUUUUCGCUGACCCUCUGCUUUACUGAGAUAUAAUUCACAGAUCCUACAGUUCACCCAUUUAAAGUGUACUGUUGUGCAUCCAUCACCAAGUCAUUUGAAAAAACUCACAACCCCAAAAAGAAGCCCUGCUCUCCUUGGCCAUGGCUGACCCUCCCUGCAGUCCCUGGCAACGACUAACCUGCUUUCUCUAUGGAUUUACCUAUCCUGGAUAUCUUGUGUAAAUGGGAUCGUGCACCAUGUGUGUUUUAUGACUGACUUCUUUCACUGAGCAUAACGUCGUAGAGGUCCGUACAUGUUGUGGCAGGUAUCAGUACUUAACGCCUUUUUAUGGCCGACUAAUGCUCCGUUGUAUGACUGGACCACAUUUGGUUUAUGCAUUCAUCAGUUGAUGGGAUUUGGGUUGUUUCCACUUUUUUGCUAUUGUAAAUAACGCUAUGAAUAUCUGUGUACAAUUUUUUUGCGUGGACAUGUGGUUUUGCUCUUUUGGAUAUACACCUAGCGGGGGAACUGCUGGGUCACAUGGUAGUUCUAUUUUUAACUUUGAGGAACUGGCAAACGGUUUUCCACAGUGGCCACACUGUUUUGUAUUCCUGCCAGCAGGGUAUGAGGAUUCCAGUUUCUUCACAUCCUUUCCGACACUUGUUAUCUGACCUUUUCGUUCUAGCCAUCCUAGGGGCUGUGAAGUGUAUCACAUUGUGGAUUGGAUUGGCAUUUCCCUCAUGACUGGAGAUGCUGACCAUCUUUUUGUGUAAUUACAGGGUUUCUUGAGUAGUCAGUCAUUUGAGGAGCCCUGGCAGUGCAGUGGUUAAGCUCUCAGCUGCUAACCUGAAAUAGUCAGCAGUUCAGACCCAUGGGAGAAAGAUAUGGCGGUCUGCUUCCGUAAAGAUUACAACUUUGGAAACCCUAUGGGACAGUUUUACUCUGUCCAAUAGUCUGUCCAAUAGGGUCGCUAUGAGUCAGACUCAACUCAGUGGCAGUGUGUUUUCAGUCAUUCAGCAAACGGUGACUGAGGGUCAUGUGUGGAUGCAGUGGUGAACAGUCCAAUGACCCUGCCCUCCUGGGGUUUCCAGCCUGUGUUCUCUAGAGAGCCUGUCCGCACUUUGUGCUAGCAACAGUUAACACUUACAUGGCGCUCACUCUGCCCUAGCUUCCCUUCUGAGGUCUACCACAGAAUAUUCAGGCAGACAAGAGUGUGCCUUGGCUCUCUUGGCCUGCAAAAGCACAGUCUGUGGGUGCCUGGUCUGGACUGGCUGAGCUUAUUAAUAACCAGUGACUAAUUACUAUCGUGUCAGUUCCAAUUCAUCGCAGCCCCAAGUGUGUCAGAGUAGAACUGUGCUCCAUAGGGUUUUCAAUAAUUGAUUUUUUGGAAAUAGAUCACCAGGCCUUUCUUCUGAGGCACCUCUGGUUAGACUCCAACUGCCAGCCUUUUGGUGACCAGCUGAACAUGUUAACUGUUUGCAUUUCACAUAUAAUAUGUUAUAAAGGGCAGCUCAUACCAGGAUGUAAGGGUUGGCUCCGUGCGCUUUAUACAGCCCCGUUGAGUUCCCCCAUGUGGAUCCUGCUGUGGGCCUAUUGUCACCCUUCAGCAAGUGAGGUCUUUUCGAGCUGGGCUGAGUCUGCACAUUGCUGUUCGGUAGGCUGGACUCCACCAGCAUCCACCCACUGACCUGUCUCUCUGUCUUCCUUCUGACCCCCGUGCAGCAGCCGCCAUGGCCCAGACCCUGCAGAUGGAGAUUCCCAACUUCGGCAACAGCAUCCUGGAGUGCCUCAACGAGCAGCGGCUGCAGGGCCUGUACUGUGACGUGUCAGUCGUGGUCAAGGGCCACGCCUUCAAGGCCCACCGGGCAGUGCUGGCUGCCAGCAGCUCCUACUUCCGGGACCUGUUCAACAGCAGCCGGAGCGCCGUGGUGGAGCUGCCCGCAGCUGUGCAGCCCCAGUCCUUCCAGCAGAUCCUCAGCUUCUGUUACACAGGCCGACUCAGCAUGAACGUGGGCGACCAGUUCCUGCUCAUGUACACGGCCGGCUUCCUGCAGAUCCAGGAGAUCAUGGAGAAGGGCACCGAGUUCUUCCUCAAGGUGAGCUCCCCCAGCUGCGACUCACAGGGCUUGCACGCUGAGGAGGCCCCGUCGUCCGAGCCCCAGAGCCCCGUGGCGCAGACAUCGAGCUGGCCGGCCUGCGGCACCCCGCUGCCCCUCGUGUCGAGGGUGAAGACGGAGCAACAGGAGUUGGACUCGGUGCAGUGCACGCCGGUUGCCAAGCGGCUGUGGGACAGCAGCCAGAAGGAGGCUGGGGGCGGCGGCAAUGGCAGCCGCAAAAUGGCCAAGUUCUCCACGCCGGACCUGGCUGCCAACCGGCCACCGCAUCCCCCGCCACCCCAGCAGGCCCCGGUGGUGGCAUCAGCCCAGCCGGCUGGGGUGGCCGUAGCAGUGGCGGCGGGGAGUGGGCAGGCAGCCGGUGGAGUGGUGGCAGCUGGGGGCAUGGUAAGCGGGCCCAGCACAUCGGAGCGGACCAGCCCUGGCACCUCGAGUGCCUACACCAGCGACAGCCCUGGCUCUUACCACAAUGAGGAGGACGAGGAGGAGGACGCGGGCGAGGAGGGCACAGAUGAGCAGUACCGGCAAAUUUGCAACAUGUACACCAUGUACAGCAUGAUGAAUGUCGGCCAGGCAGCUGAGAAGGUGGAGGCUCUCCCUGAGCAGGUGGCCCGUGAGUACCGGAAUCGUAUCCGGGUGCGGCAAGACCUGGCAUCCCUUCCUGCUGAGCUCAUCAACCAGAUUGGCAACCGCUGCCACCCGAAGCUGUACGAUGAGGGUGACCCCUCUGAGAAGCUGGAGCUGGUGACAGGUACCAAUGUGUAUAUCACAAGGGCACAGCUCAUGAACUGCCAUGUCAGCGCAGGCACGCGGCACAAGGUCCUGCUGCGGCGGCUCCUGGCCUCCUUCUUUGACCGGAACACGCUGGCGAACAGCUGUGGCACUGGGAUCCGCUCUUCCACCAACGACCCCACCCGCAAGCCCCUGGACAGCCGCGUCCUCCACGCUGUCAAGUACUACUGCCAGAACUUUGCCCCCAACUUCAAGGAGAGCGAGAUGAAUGCCAUUGCAGCUGAUAUGUGCACCAAUGCCCGCCGCGUUGUACGCAAGAGCUGGAUCCCCAAGGUCAAGCCUCUCACGGCUGAGGGCGACGUCUACACGACCUUCAUCAGCGACACAGGCAAGAUAGAGCCGGACAUGAUGGGCGUGGAGCAUGGCUUCGAGACAGCCAGCCAUGAUGGUGACGCCGGCCCCUCAGCCGAGGCCCUGCAGUAACCCAAGCGGACCCUCCCCACGGAGCCAUCACAUUCCCCCUCCCAUCACACCCACCCACCGUCCUGGUCACGAGCUACUGUCUGCCCCUCGCCAGGACCCACAGGGGUGCUGCAUGCUCCCAGCCCCUCUACCUCCCUGUCCUCCCUCCCCCUGGUCCCCAAACCCAGCGUCUCCCACCCGAGCGGGGCUGGGAGAGGAUGGCAGGUGGUGUGCGAUUUGCCUUGCCUUUUUUAACACACACUCGUGCACGGUCGGGGAGCACUCUCUCCCUCUCUCCUAACCCCUAAAAAUUGUCCCGACUCAACAGGCCAGGUAUGGAGAGGGGCCGGCCUGGGCAGCUUGGGAAGGCCCCUCUUCUAGACCCUGGGCCCCCUGGCGGAAGCUUUCUCAGCCUCUGCCCCUCACUGUGGCCCUUUUGGACUCAGAGGGCCCCGGGUUCUCAGGACCCCUCUCGCCACAUCUUCCCAGUGCUUCCACGUUUCCAAAAGCGCCUUCCUGUUUCCCUCGUCUGUCCCUGUGCCUAGGGGCCAGGGUAGGCGAGGCCAUGGGGACUGCCCAUUUUUCAGCUGAGGAAACUGAGGCUCAGAGAAAUCCCAUGACUGGCCUAAAGUGGCAGGCGGUAGUGGGCCCAGUGCCCUUCCUCCCACGAGACGCUCAGUCUCUUUUGCCCCCAUCAGUCCCCUGGGUCUUGAAAGAGGCAGCUCCUGAGUGAGGAGACUCUUGGGGGCAGACAGGGGGUCUCUGAGGAUAGGACGAGAGAUUUCCAGGGCUCAUAGAGAGAGUGUGUGUGUGUGUGUGUGUGUGCGCGUGCGUGCAUGUGUGUAUGCGUGUAGAAAUUUUGCUUUUAAAAAAUAUGAAGAUAUAAAAGGCAGUAGGACCAGGGUUGAACCAAGGGGAGCAGGGCUGGGGGCUGCUGCCCCUCCCUCCAUUUUCCCCCAUCCCACCCCCAGCCCCCUCCCCCUGUACAUACUUUUUAAAACAUUUUCUUAGCUAAUGAAAUAUUGAAGUAUAAGAUUCCUUUUAUUUUUCAAACCAACAAAACUGUGUCUGAUGUUCCCCCUUUGGUCCCUUGGGGCCGUGGCAGGCAGGAUGGGGGCUAGAGGAGACAGGUGUGUAUGCGUGUGUGUGCGUGCCUGUGAGUGUGGUGUGAGUUUCUGUGGCGGGCCCCGGCCCAGAGCUGCCUGGACUCUUGGGGGCCUGACCGGUUCCCCUUUACCCCCAUGCUUCCCCCCACACAGGGCUACAGUUUAAGGGUGCCCCUGGCCUUGGCUGGUUGGCUGAGCCUUGUCCCUAGGGACCAGGGCAGGGCAAGGCCACUUCCAUUGUUGGCAUUUGUUUGAAGAAUCUCUUACCAUUCCUUUCCUUUUUUUUUCUCGCCAAGAGCGAGGGUGUUUUGAGUUUUACAUGUGAACACGGAGUGUUCUUUUUUUACUCCAUUCCCCCACAUUCGAGUCAUUUCACAAUUCCACUUUGUUUCUAACCCUUGUCCUCACCACCUCUCCUCUCCCUCCCCAACUCUUACCUGCCCGUUGCUCUAAGUGGUCAUUCAUCCAGGGGCUGGAGGACGGCAGGAGGUGGGGUAGGGCUAGCCCCACAGGACCCUUUGGGGUCUCAUUUGGAGGCAGGCCUCCCCCUGACCCAGCAGUCCCCAUUAGCCUGCAGCAUAUCACUUCUAACAUCUGCUUGUCGCAUGGGAGGGGGUGUCGGUCAGGGGGGUCAGGGCCGCCUGGGGUCCUGGCAUUGUUUCCUGGCCGAGCCCCCAGCACCUUAGCCCCCAGCCAGCCCCUGAGUGUGUGUGGAGGGGAACCGACACCCCAGCUAAAGCACAAGCACCUUAAAUCACACCUCCCUGCCCAUAGGUCCCGGCCCUGACACCCCCACCCAGCAUUGAUCCCAAAGCACAAUAUCCUGGUCACUUGGCAGUAGCAGUGCCCGGCUGGCUGAGGCCAGGGGGGCACGGGUGGGCCGGGGCUCCAGCCACCCCAGAAGGAAGCAGGAGUUCUCAGGCACUCCCCUCCUCCCAGGCCUUAGCAAGGGGCCAGCUCUCUGGGACUGGGGUAUUCUCUUUCCCCACCCCAUGUCCUGGGCAGACCUCUGCCCAGCCCCUCCUGCCGUUCCUUGGGUGGGGCUUGCCCCUGUAAACUUCAGCACCCUACAGCAUGGGGUUGGGUGGCAAUCCCCUGGCUCCCGGGACUGUAUUGUUUUGGGGAGAGGGGCCGGGCAGGGGUGCAGGGGAGGAAACUCCUCACCAGGAGAGCCAAAGACAGGGUUGUGCCUUACCCCAGGAGCCACCCCUGCACCUGUCCCUGUCCCCACCUCCGGGCGGCCUGCUGCUUUCCUUCUUUUCCUCCCCUGCCCUGCUCUGAGCUGCAUGGUCCCCACCCCAGGCAGCGGGGAAGAAUAUGAAUGGAGAAUCAUCGACCAACAAGACUGUGGGGCUCCCUCCGCUUCCCCAACCGCCCACACCUCUUUCACGCAGGGCAGACCACCUGGCCUGUCUGUGUGAAGUGCCAACACCCUACCCCCCUAAGCCGAGUCCCACCUCCCUCCCCGGCCCCUAAGUGAGAUUGCACAUUAACUACUGUAAGGAGAGGAGUGGCACUGGGAAAUGUGAACCAUGAGAAUAUCAGUGAUACUGAUGAGGAGAAUAAACUAAACGCCUUUGUAACAGC